CUCUUACAGCUAUCCGGUAUGAGUUUUGGCACAUCAGGGCUUCCGUUAAUGUGAGCGCUUUGCCGUGAAAGAAAGUGUCUUGUACAUGUGCAUUUGCACCCUCAAAAAGUAACUUAAUUCGUGUUUUGGUAUCACAAAGACAGCCAUGUCGUCGGACGCUUUGAAGAAGCGUAAGUCGAAGGUCCUCCGCAGUGAAGGAGGAACCCCGGAGAUGAAGCGAGGUCGUGGGGAAGGGGACCAGCAGGAUGUGCGUGUGUACAGCGAAGAAGUGGAGCUGGAUGGCAGGGACCCAGGGCAGGAUUACCUGCAGUACAAAGAGUCCUGUGAGAAUUUGGCGACACUUAUGAGUGAGAUCCAAACUCUCAAAGCCAAUGGAGCCAAGGAUGGGUGUCCUGAGGUUGAGCAGAGACGUAUGCAGAGCUGCAUCCACUUCAUGAACCUAAAAAAACUCAACCGCCUUGCUCACAUGCGACUGAAGAAAGGCAGGGACCAGACACAUGAGGCAAAGCAGAAAGUGGAUGUGCUGCACCUUCAGUUGCAGAAUCUCCUGUAUGAAGUCAUGCAUCUUCAAAAGGAGAUCAGCAAGUGUUUGGAGUUCAAGUCAAAGCAUGAGGAAAUAGACUUGGUGUCGGAGGAAGAGUUUUACCAAGAGGCUCCACCUGAGAUUUCCAGGCCUCCCCUCACAAAAAAUGAUCCCCAUCAACUCACAUUGGCACGACUGGACUGGGAGCUUGAACAGAGGAAAAGGUUGGCUGAGAAAUACAAAGAGUCACAAGCAACAAAGGAGAAGAUUCAGAAGAGCAUUGAGGUGAAGAAGGAACAUCUGACAAGCCUGCAGCCAGGACUCAAUGCAAUAAUGCAGGCCUCUCUGCCGGUGCAGAAGUAUCUGUCCAUGCCUUUUGAACAGACUCAGAAACAAACAGAAAUCGCCCGCCACCUGCCUCCACCUCUCUAUGUUCUUUUUGUUCAAGCCAAUGCCUAUGGCCAGGCCUGUGACAAGAACCUUUGUGUGUCAAUAAGUGGUGAUGUGGACGAGGCCAAGGCUUUGUCAAAACCUCCAGAAGAUUCCCAGGAUGAUGAGAGUGACUCAGAUGCGGAGGAGGAGCAAGAGAAAACGAAGAGGAGAAGGCCGACCACAGGGGGCCAGCUGGACGACAAAAGACGGGAGAUGCUGAAGAGGCACCCUCUGUCCCUCUGCUUAGACCUUAAGUGUAAAGAUGGCAGCAUCCUUCAUCUCUACUUCUACUAUCUGAUGAAUCUGAACAUUAUGACUGUCAAGACCAAGGUCUCCAUGUCCUCUGACCUCAACAUAGCCAUAAGCGCAGGGGAUCUGCUGAAAUCAGACACUCUGCUCAGCUGCCUUUACACCGGCGACCACGGACGAGAAACUCCCAACCCCGCUAAUCGCUACCAGUUUGAUAAAGUCGGGAUUGUUUGCUUUGCUGAUUAUCUGGAGGAGCUGGGUCACCCUUACAUGUGGGUGCAGAGUCUCGGAGGACUCCACUUUCCCCAUGAUGCUUCAGAGACUGUGAGGAGUGGCAGCUCACUGAGUGCAAGUAAGAUGGAGAGCACCAUGAAGCUGCUAAGAGGACGAGUGCAGUCCCGCUUGGCUUUGCAGAAACAGUUUGCCUCUUUAGAGCACAGCAUCAUCCCUGUGUCCUGUGAGUGUCAGCACCUCUUUCCUGCCAAGAUCAUCUCCCGUUUAGCUCGCUGGAACACCAUCACUUAUGAGGAGUACAUGGCUCUCCCAUAUACACGUCAUGUGACUGAUGCUGGGCUGGCAAAGGAGACUGACCUGUACUUCAUGGGUGUGGUGGAGCGGGGAACAGCUCGUCUCCAGGCUGCUGUGGUGCUGAGUCCCCGUUACCCAGAAAUCUCCCCCCUGUUCUCACUCUCACUCAGCUGGAAGGGAGAGCGCAGUGGACGCACUGAUGACAACCUUCGUGCCAUGGAGAGUGAGGUAAAUGUGUUCAAAAAUGAACUGCAGGGACCACGGCCAGGAUACCAGCUCCUGACCAAUCAGAUUUCACGCCUGUGUGUUUGCCUGGAUGUGUAUUUGGAGACUGAAGGACAGGAUGACGGUGUUGAGGGACCACGAGAGUUUCCCCGAGAGAAGAUGUGCCUGCGUACUGUCAGGGGUCCAAACCGACUCAAGCCGUUCAAAUACAACCAUCCUCAGGGCUUCUUCAGCCACCGUUGAACUGUGUCCUUGAUUCUUCAUACUGUAAUUUACAGCUCUAACGCCCUUUGACCUACCUUUGUGACUCUUUGGAUCAUAACAGUUUUUUUAAUGUCUUCAUUACAAAUUGAAAAUAAAAACAACAUAUUUUCUUGAA